ACCGCAGCGCGGAAAGGAGAACCCCGGGAACGAGACCCCACCGUCCGGUCGCCCAGUCCUCUUCAGCCGUAGGCCCGCAUGGAGUGGACUGCGGAGUCCCAGACGCCUGACCUGCGAGAUGUGGAGGGCAAGGUGGGCAGGAAGACCCCUGAAGGGCUGCUCCGCGGGCUGCGGGGCGAAUGGGAGCCGGGAACCUCCGGCGCCCUGCUGCUCCCGGGGGCGCCUAGCACCGGCCACGUCCACGGCCUGGGGGACAAGAUCAUGGCGCUGAGGAUGGAGCUGGCUUACCUGCGAGCCAUCGAUGUGAAGAUCCUGCAGCAGCUGUUGACCUUGAAUGAGGGCCUCGAGGCUGUGCGCUGGCUGUUGGAAGAGAGGGGGACGCUGACCAGCCACUGCGGCAGCCUCACCAGCAGCCAAUGUAGCCUGACAGGCGGGAGCCCAGGCCACUCGAGGAGAGGCAGCUGGGACAGCCUGCCAGACGCCAGCUCCACUGACCGGCUGGACAGCCUCUCCAUUGGCAGCUUCCUAGACACGGUGGCCCCCAGCGAGCUGGAUGAACAGGGACCCCCUGGGGCUCCCCGUCCUGAGACGGACUGGGCAAAGGAUAUACCCAGUGUGGACAGGGCCAGGACUGAGGUGGACCUGACAGCCAGCAGGCUAGGGAGCUUGAGGGCUGUAUGGAAGCCCCCAGGGGAGGGGCUCCAAGGCGGACCUCCUGAACCACUGGAGGACGAAAGUGCCAAACUGGGCUCUGAGGCCCACUGGUACUGGCAGUGCCAGGAUGAUGUGACCUUCUUAUAGUAACUUU